CCUCAAUGGCAGUCCCAUAAUGGUGUAUAAAAGGGGUGCAUUGCCAAGAUUAAGAUACACCAAUCAAAAGCUUGAAAUAAGUAUGGAAACUAAAAUCUUGCUUGUACUAGGAAUACUAGGGUUGCUUGCAGUGGGCUCACUGGAGCCUACUGAGUCUACAGAUACUCCUUCUACUCCAGUUAUUGCGUUUGAUGGUAGUUAUUUCCCGAAAGAUUUCAUGUGGGGAGUGGCUACAUCAGCUUAUCAGACCGAAGGUGCAGCAAACCAACAUGGUAGAGGACCUAGUACUUGGGAUACAUUUGCGCACGAGUUCCCAGAAAGGAUCGACGACGGGAGCAAUGGAGAUGUUGCAGUCAACUAUUAUGCUUACUACAAGGAGGACCUGGCAAGAAUGAAGAACGAUUUGGGUGUCGAUGCUUUUAGAUUCUCUAUUUCAUGGCCAAGAAUAAUACCCAGUGGGACAUUAAGAGAAGGAGUCAACGAGGAAGGGAUCGCGUUUUAUAAUAGUGUUAUCGAUGAAGCUUUAAGACUUGGCUUGAUACCAUUCGUGACUCUCUUUCAUUGGGAUGUUCCUCAAGCCCUUGAAGAUAAAUACGGUGGCUUUAGAAGUCCUAACAUUAUAGCUGAUUUUGAGGAUUAUGCAAAACUUUGCUACGAAAGAUUCGGAGAUAGAGUGAAGCAUUGGCUAACUAUUAACGAACCAUACGUUUUUACUGUUCAUGGCUACGAAAUUGGCGGUUUGGCCCCAGGCCGAUGCUCAUCUUGGGUAAAUAGAGCUUGCCAAGAAGGAGACUCAGGAACUGAACCUUAUAUCGUAGGUCAUCAUGUGCUCCUUGCUCAUGCAGUGGCUUACCGAGCAUAUAAGGCUAUGGGUCAAGAUGGCGAGAUUGGAAUAACACUAGAUCUAACAUGGCCCGAACCUUAUGACUUCAGUGUCGCAGCCGAUCGUGCAGCUGCCCAAAGGAACCUUGAUUUCGCUUUUGGUUGGUUUAUGGAUCCCUUGGUGUAUGGUUAUUAUCCAAGAAUAAUGCAACAAUUGGUUACUGGAAAUAGAUUGCCUGAAUUCACCAAGAAAGAAAUUGUCUCGUUGAAGGGAUCAUAUGAUUUUAUCGGCAUCAACUACUACACUGCAAAUUAUGCUUCUCCCAAUACUUCAGCUCCUUCUGAUCCAACUCAUAUUAGAUAUGCAACUGAUGGACAUUAUAAUUUGACAAAAUACAGAGAGGGCAAACCCAUUGGCGAACAAGUUUCUCCAUCUUGGUUGUAUGUGUUCCCAGAAGGACUUCGAUAUGUUUUGAACUAUACCAAAGACGCGUACAAAAAUCCAAUUAUUUACGUUACAGAAAAUGGAAUCGGUGACAAUAACGCUCUCUCCCCCGAAGAAACCGUAAACGAUACAUGGAGGAUUAACUAUUUUAAAAGCCAUGUUUGGAAUGUGCUUAAAUCCAUUUGUGAUCAUGGUGUUAAUGUGAAAGGCUACUUUGCUUGGUCAUUUAUCGACAACUACGAAUGGUCAAAUGGAUACACUGUUAGAAUGGGACUGUACGGUGUGGAUAGGGCAAAAAGUCUAGAUAGGUUCCCGAAAAAUUCGGUUGCUUGGUGGAAGGAGUUUUUGAGCAAGAAACCAUCCUCUGACGGACCCAAAUGCAUAAGUCCUAAAAAGAAGACAUCCAUUGAUGACGAGCUGUAGUAUUUCAAGUGUAUUGACCUAAUGGAAUUGUCUUCGAACACCAUUUUAGGGAAGCUAUCUAUGUUUUCCAAAUAAUCUACCGUUAUUUCCAAUAAAGAAACCUUCUUUGAGGGCUAAUUUGGUCUUUUAUAUUUAUGUUAGUUUUAAAUAUAUGUUGCUCAAGUUUUUGUUGCUUAGCUAUUUCAAUAAAAAUAAUAGAAGCAUUUUCUA